GCAGCUUGGAUGUUUAAAGAUCCAGCAACGAUGGUGGCAUGACCCAGAUGCGACCAGAAAAGCACAUGACAAGCCGGCAGUGGCCGGAAGCAAGUAUAUUUUCAUCAAGAGCCAGGUGCCUGUUGUUCUCCUGCAAACAGUGCGCGGAGUUGGAGCAAAGGGACAAAUAGUACACGUAAGGCGAGGCUACGCUCGGCACGUUCUUGUGCCUAAAGGCUUGGCAGCCUUUGGAACCUGGGAGAACAUUGAUGCGUUUGCGGAUCCAACGUUGAUCGCAGACCCUACGCUAAAGGCUCGUGCGGCGACGGAGAGGGGACAGCUGCCAUUCGAUUGGGUGGAUGACGUGCGUCUCCGGUUUGUUCGGCCCGCACGUGAGGACCAGAGCAUCGUGCUUCUCGAGCCGGUAUCUGUUUGGGAUGUUCUCGAGGACCUUUCCACAAACCAUGAGUUGGACUUGCUCCCUGGCAACAUCGGCAUUGGUGAUGGUGGCAUUACCAGGGUCGGCUUGCACGAGGUACCGGUGCAGAUCGCUUUCCGCAAUCCUGAGACUGCAGCAGGCAAAUACACGGUUUUAGUGGACGUUGUCUCCAAGCAGAGCCAGGACGAAGAAUUUCAGCGUGAAGAAAUGAAAAAGGCUCUCGAGCAAGGCAAGAGCUACAGACUGGUGCAGCGUGGUGGGGCCGUUGAGGUGAUCUCGGUGAUGCUGAAGCUGACGAUGAUGAAGAAGACGUCGAAUGAGAUGUCCUUCUCGCCUUUGUUGGAGGUUGACGAGGACCUGUCGGUCUCAUUGACAUGGUCCGUUGACGAGGAUGGCACGUUGCGGCACAACCCGUCUGGCAUGCGAGUAUCCCCGGACAAGGGGGUGGUCGUUGAUGGCAGAGAGUACAAACUCUCACCUCAAGACAUUGACCUGGAUCGUGAUUGCACCUUGGGAACUGGCGCUGGCGGUGUUGUCCAAGCUGGCGUUCACAAACCUACCGGUAUGCGAGUUGCGAUCAAAACGGUCAAGGUUGACAACAAGGAGAAGCGGGAGCAGAUGUUGCAAGAAAUCAAGGGCUUGGUUCUUGCUGCUGGCUGUCCUAAUUUGGUGCAGUGGUAUGCCGGCUUCGUUGGAAAGGAUACCGGGCUGGUGCACGUUGUCGUGGAGCUCAUGGAUAGGGGCAGCCUUGCCGACCUCCGGAGGCGUCUCGCAGGUCCGGUUCCGCCAGAGCAUGUAGCCUGUAUUGCGGCGCAAGUUAUUCGUGGACUGGAGCAUUUGCAAAGCAGGCGAUUGCUUCACCGAGACAUCAAACCUGAGAACGUCCUGCACAACAGCCUGGGACAGGUAAAGCUCACCGACUUCGGCAUAUCGAAGGAUUUGACGUCCACUGCUGGAGUGGCAGCAAGCUUUGUUGGCACUGCCAACUACAUGUCCCCCGAGAGAGCAUUGGGCAAGGACUACUCUUUCAGGUCGGAUGUUUGGAGUGCCGGCAUGGUAGUGUUCGAGCUGGCAAAUGGACAGUAUCCAUACAAGGCAAAGAACUUCCUGGAGCUCUAUGAGUGCCUCUGCACGCAGCCCGAGCCCCGAUUGGAUACGCACAAGUUUCCGUCAGCAUUGUGCGACUUCGUCGCGAAGUGCUUGAAGCGGGACGACGCGACGCGACCCGACGCGCAGACACUAAUUAAGCACGAGCUAGUCGCAAGCCAAGGUGCAGAGCAGGUCAAACUGCUAGCAGAAUGGCUUGCAACGCUUGCUCGUUGA